GACUUCGUCCAAUUACGCCAAAUGUUUUUUUGCUCUGGGCAAGUUUUCCACUACUAAAGCGAAGCUUCCUACCACUCCCUUCUCUCUCUCCCUCUUUCUCUCUUCAGGAAGAGAUGUGAGCCCCCAAAAAUCCAUGUACCUUUCACUUUAUCACUCUCUAUAUUUUCAGGUAAUGGCUGUGGAUGCAUGGCUGUGGAUUCUGGGACUUCUUGCAGUGACAGUGUGUGUAUGCUCUUUGCAAAUCCCCUGUAAUCUGCAGAGCAGGUCUGUCCCUGGAAGUCUGUAUAAGAAGGGCGAUGUCAUUAUUGGGGGUCUAUUCCCUGUUCAUUUUGCAGGUCCUGAACCUGACCAUGCUUUUAUAGAAAGAGUGCAGGAAGGCCGGUGUCAAAGUGCUGAUUUGCGCUCAUACCGUUGGCUUCAGUCGAUGAUCUUUACUGUGGAGGAAAUAAACCGGGACCAGUCCCUGUUGCCCAAUCUCACACUGGGAUACUUGGCUGCAGACACUUGCCUGACUGAGGGAAGCACCCUGAGGGCUGCUUUGUCGCUAGUGACAGGGAUGGAGGAGACAGUGUCUGGAGAACAGUGUACCAUGGCUCCAAAUGUACCCAUAAUUAUUGGUGAUGCCCGUUCCUCUGCUUCGAUCGUGGUGGCUGAUACGCUGGGUGUUUUUGGCAUCCCAAUGGUCAGCUACUUUGCAUCCUGUGCAUGUCUCAGUGACCGAACCAGGUUCCCCACCUUCUUUCGCACUGUUCCAAGUGAUGCCUUCCAGGCUAAAGCCAUGGCCCGUCUCCUACGAUUGAUGAAAUGGUCCUGGGUUGGGGUUAUCUCUGGAGAUGAUGCCUAUGGGAAAAGUGGCGUACAACUUCUGCUGCAGGAGCUCAAAGAUUCAGGUGUGUGUGUGGAAUACAUCGAGGUCAUUCCCAAGUCUUUUGCAGAGAUCAGGAUCAGAAGAAUUGUGGAAAGAAUCCAGAGUUCCAGUGCGAUGGUAGUAGUGAGUUUUGCCAUUAGCCCAGACAUGGAAGUCUUGCUGAAGGAGGUUGUGAGGCAGAAUGUGACUGACAGGCAAUGGAUUGCUACUGAAGCCUGGAGCACCUCCAGCCAGCACUCUGCUUUGAGUGCAAAUUGCUUGGCAGGCACUCUAGGCUUUGCCUUGCGCAGGGUUGACAUCCAAGGUUUGGGCUUCUAUCUGACUCAACUGAGUCCUGACCCACAGCAUCUUAAUGAUCCAUUGGUGCAGAGUGUUUGGGAGGAACUGUUUGGGUGCAGAUUUGGGGGGGAAACCCAGUCUGGACCACCAAGACCGAUGUGCACAGGCUUGGAGAAAGUGGAGGAACAAGGGGAGGUCUACUCCGAUAUCAACUAUAAUGUUUAUAAGGCUGUAUAUGCUAUAGCCAAUGCCAUUCAUGACAUGUUGGCUUGCCAGCCUGGCAAAGGGCCUUUUGAGAAUGGGGAGUGUCCUGAUAUCAAUCCAGUACGACCCAAACAGCUUGUACACUACCUAAAGACAGUAAAGUUCACAACACCACAAGGUGAACUGGUCUACUUCGAUGAAAACGGGGACCCAUCUGCCUCAUAUGACAUCAUUAAUUGGCACAUGGGAGCUGAAGGGAAAGUGGAGUUUGUUCAGGUUGGGCAGUUUGAUGCGGCGAGAGGACCAAAGCAAGACUUCCAGAUGGACUUCGGAAAAGUGGUCUGGGGAGGAGGCUGGAAUAAUGAGGUGCCGGUGUCUGUGUGCAGUGAGAGCUGUCCCCCGGGCUCCAGGAAGGCUGUGCAGAAAGGAAAGCCAAUCUGCUGCUACGACUGUAUACCCUGUGCUAAAGGGGAGAUCAGCAAUGCUACUGAUUCUACAGAAUGCACCAAAUGUCCAGAUCGAUUCUGGUCCAACACAGAUCGGACAGAAUGCAUCCCAAUGUCAGAGGAGUUCCUUUCCUUUCAAGAUGACAUGGGCAUCAUCCUCGCUGCGCUGUCUGUUGCUGGGGCAGUGCUUACCACAAGUGUCCUUGGUGCCUUCAUUCGUCAUCGAGAUACACCCCUGGUUCGCGCCAAUAACUCAGAGCUCAGCUUCCUGCUGCUUGUGUCUCUUACGCUGUGUUUCCUGUGUGCUCUGGCUUUCAUUGGCCGUCCAGCUCCUUGGUCCUGUAUGCUGCGUCAUACUCUGUUUGGGAUCAGUUUUGUGGUGUGUCUGGCCUGUGUGCUCAGUAAGACCGUGGUGGUUCUGGUUGCAUUCAGAGCAACUCUGCCUGGAUCAAACUUAAUGAAGUACUUUGGUCCUCUUCAGCAGAGAGCAGGUAUCUUCUUCUGUACGAUGGUGCAGGUGGGGAUCUGUGUGCUGUGGCUGGCACUGGCACCACCUCUACCCACAGAAACUGCAGGAGGUGAGCUUGGAGCCAGAGUGGUGUUACUCUGUGCGGUGGGCUCUGUGGUGGGCUUCUCCCUGGUGCUGGGCUACAUCGGACUGCUGGCUUCCGUCUGCUUUCUGCUGGCCUUUUUCGCUCGGAAGCUUCCAGAUAAUUUCAAUGAGGCCAAAUUCAUCACCUUCAGCAUGCUGAUCUUCUGCGCUGUGUGGAUCACCUUUGUUCCAGCAUACGUCAGCUCUCCAGGGAAGUACACUGUGGCUGUGGAGGUCUUUGCUAUCCUGGCCUCAAGUUAUGGACUUCUACUGUGCAUCUUUGCCCCAAAGUGUUACAUUAUCUUAUUCCGGCCAGAGAGGAAUACAAAGAAGAACAUGAUGGCCAAGUAAUGAAUGACUGUUGGGGGAUUUUACUGACUGACUUUCAGUAGUUGAUGAAUGAGCCAACUAAACAUGAUUAUAGUUACUAUACACUACUGGUCAAAUGUUUUGAAAACCUCUGUUUUUUAAAUUGUCCAGUUGGAGUGCUGUAUGAUCCAGGCAAGCUGCGUUUUUUUACAUCCUUCUCAUCUUGUUUGCAGUGACUUUAUUACUGCACUUCACCUGUCAGAGCUCUAAAUCUUCUCUUCACUGUUGAAAUUGAGAUUUAGUCCAAUUAUGUUAAGCUGAGCUAAAGGCGUUGUUGCCAUGUAGGUCAGCCAGACCUCUUCCUGUACCAGUUUUCUCCAGUUUCCAAGAGCCUUUAGAAGGUGUAGGAAACAUAACUCACCAUUGUCUUUGGCUUCUUCUGUAAUUUCUCAAAAGAAAAGAGUUAAAGUUGACUAGUUUUAGAGUUCAGUUUAUUUCAGUUGUUACUUACCAGCUGUUUUUCCAACAUUUUACAUUAUUUUUUUCAGCUUUUAGUUUGUUUUUUCCCUUAAAUGCUCUGGCAGUACUGCUAAAUUUCGUAUACUGGAUUUUGUACCAUUUCCAGUUAUUGACUUGGCCUAAAGAAAUUAAAUGGCAAAAAUCACUGGAAAAAGGGGGGUGUUCUAAAACAUUUGACUCGUAGUGUAUAUAUAAAGAUGUCUGCCUCAUAUCAAAACUGUGCAAUUUACUAAGUCUUAUAAAGUCUUGUAAAACAGAGUCAUGGUAAAUGUAUUUAAAAUUCAUUUUAUGGCAUGGAUGUAAGUAAACUCAGGCAUUAACACUUUAUUUGAAAGGUAACUGCAUAGGGCCUUUAAGGUUUUUGAAUGAAAUAAAUUAAAUUGCAUAGAUACGCAUAAAGGAAAUGUAAGCAAAAUUACGUCACUGCAAAUAACAUGAUAUUAAUGCAAAAGAAAAUAUGCUUGAAUAAAACCACCCGCCCUUCAAUGGUAUGGAUCACAACUGCUGAGAAAGGCCAAGUCAUCAUUAAUAUGGUUUGAGAGAAGAAAACAUAUGUAUAUGUUUAUAUAGUGUUUAAAAUAUAUUUGAACAAUAUUUGAUAUUAAUAUAUAACAGAUGUUCAAUACUUAUGCAUUUUAUGUCAAUACAAUACAGUUCGACUCUUAUGUUUUUUUUCUAUUAUAUUUGUUGUAAUGAGGGAAAGAAUAAAUAUAAAAUACUGAAUUUCAUGUCUUGCUGCAUAAAAAAAGGAAAGCUGCCAAUAAUGUCUAAUAAAUCUAAA